GAAUACCUUCAUACUUACCGUCUAUUUUACGACAACUUGAAAAAGUUAUUGCGAGUUACUUGACUCUUAAGUUCUAUCGCAUAAGAUCGAGAUUCGUUUGAACUAGACGCGUGUCGAUCAGAUUGCCACGGGUCGGGCGGCGCGGACGGCUGCAUCAUCGCGCGCGCUCCGGCGCUCGCUCGCCGAUUACGUUAACUACGCAUUAACUGACUUUGCUUGUUUAUUUUCGUAUUUUAAUAAUUUACCUAUACAUUUUGUGAAUUUGUUUACAUAUUAAUUACCUACGCGUUAUAAAAAUGCCGCCUAAAGUUGAUGCUAAAUCGAAAGAAGAUUCAAGUGAGGGUGAAGAUAUUCAAGAUGCUAAAUUGACUAUUUUACUUGCUAAACGUGAAGCUACAUUUGGAAUUAUGCAAAAUAUCUUCGAAUUGUCUCGUGAUGACGACAUUCAUACUAAUGACGAAAAACGGGAACAUUUUCUCGAUGAAUCGUCACAGAUUGAUUCGUUGCGCGAAAGAUUCGAGUCCAUCGUAGACAAUUGUAAUUCUCGUUUAUUGCAAUUAAAUCCUGAAGCAACUCCUAAUUAUCACUGUCUGUAUGCUUUUGAGACUUUGUAUAGUAGGGUCAAACGGAUUCUGUCAAAAUGGUCAACUUCCGAUUCGACACCGGAAACAAAUUAUAAUGUGAGUCCCGCGCUUCUAAAGGCCAAGCCAAAGCUGGCUCCCAUAUCGAUAUUAGAUUUCGAUGGUGACAUAAAAUCCUUUCAGAUGUUCUAUACGACCUUCAAGUCAGUAGUAGAUAAUAAUCCAUUACUCACCGAUGCCGAAAAGCUAUUUUAUCUAUUACCGAAGCUGAAGGGAAAAGCAAAAAGCGCGAUCGCGGGAAUUUCUCCGUGUGCUGAAAAUUAUCAGUUAAUUUUACAGACGCUUAUCAAUCGCUUCGAUGAUAAACGAAUGUUAACUUCCGCAUAUUUACAUGAAUUAUUUCGUUAUAAAGGUUUUCAAAUUCCCUCUGCAGCUAACUUUGAAUCUUUCAUAGACCAGUUCGCUGGCGCAGUGAGCGCUUUAAAAAACUUAAAAUUAGAUAAUUUGGCUGAUCUCAUUAUAUUGCAUAUAGCUACACAAAAGAUAGACACUGAGACAGUACGCGCGUUUGAAACAAAGUGCGGAAAGAAAAUACCUAACUUCGACGAUUUUGUGGAAUUUAUCACGACUCGCGCGAAGGUAUUCGAACGUACUAAUAAAAAUACAACAAACGUUUCGGAUACACGUCAAAAUAAAAAUAUAAAACAGACAAGCCACGGGUCUUCUGGCAGUGCGCCGAAGUACCAGGCUUAUGUAAGCACAGUUGAUAAGCCUACCUCGUCUAAAUGUCUAUGUAAAAAUAUAUCGCAUACGUUUUUAUAUAAAUGUGCCGAUUUUAAUAAAUUAUCAACCCCUCAGGAACGUUUUAAGUGCGUUAAGGAUAAAAAUGCCUGUGUAAAUUGUUUGUCUGUCUUACAUAAAGUAGGUCAAUGCGGGGUCCCCCCUCAUUGUUCUUGUGGAUUAUCGCAUAAUAAAAGACUUCACUUUCAACGUCGCGAAGAAAAUAGUCACGCGUCAAGCAUAGACGGAGCUGUGACGUCAUCGUCACCGCCUAUACCUAACAAAUCGUCGCUCGUAGCAAGUGAACGCACCGACGUAACUCCAAGUGCUACGGACGUAGGCGCUUCUACAAGCGCUACGCAUUCGUACAGUAGUCAAAUAUCGAAUCGUGUAGGAGAUAAGCGAUCUACUGUCCUAUUAGCUACAGCACAAGUUGCAGUUUAUGAUAGCAACGGUAAGCGACAUAUAAUUCGUGUUUUAUUAGAUAGCGCUUCUCAAGCAGAUUUUAUAUCUCGAGAAUGUUGCGAGCGUCUAGGCUUUCAAUGGUCAAAAACAGAACCUACUAUUGUUAAAGGAUUCGGUGGAAUAGAAAAGGUUAUUCAAUCCAAUUCAGUUAAUUUUAAAUUUUAUUCUCGCUUCAAUGACGACGUUAGCUUCAAUAUUUCGCCACUCGUCGUUGACAAAGUGACAGAUAAAUUGCCUACGGCUGUGGUAGAUACGUCGGUCCUAUCACACCUUAAGGGUAUCCCGUUUGCUGACGAAAGUUUCGGCGUACCUGAUAAAAUAGAUGCUUUAAUAGGAGCUUCCCUAUUCCCGCAUUUGCUUCUGCCCGACGACGUCCAUACGUCACGUCGCGACUCGUCGAUGCCAGUCGCACUGCGCACGGUCUUAGGUCUCGUGCUCAUGGGCAAUGCGCCUACGAUAUCUACCGUGAAUACAUACUCGGCCUUGACAUGUUGUUUCGUUCAAGAGCCUCCCGCUAUUGACUCUAUAGUUAGGCGUUUCUGGGAACUCGAAGAGCUUCCUUCCGCUUCGGUUCAACAUCCCGACGAUGCUGAAUGCGAAGACUUUUAUACUUCGACUACUAUCCGUGAUCCCGUCACUGGCAGAUACGUUGUCGGCCUGCCAUUUAAAGAGGAUGUAUGUUCGCUAGGGAAUUCUAUGGACGUAGCUAAAAAACGUUUCGCUUGCCUCGAAAGAAAGCUCGAAGCUUCACCUAAAUUGAGGUCAGCGUAUGAUGACGUCAUAAAAAAUUAUCUCGCGAAAGAUUAUAUAUCUCCCGCGCCUUCGUAUGAUUCUCAAGAUCCUGUUCCUAUCUAUGUGAUGCCCCAUACAGGAAUCCUAAGGGAAGACAAAUCGACGAAAUUGAGAAUGGUCGUAGAUGCUUCAUGUCCUUCCAGCUCCGGUCAGGCAUUGAACCAUCUGCUACAUUCCGGCCCUAACCUACAGGGUGAUCUAUUUAAAAUAAUUUUAAAUUUUCGUCUACAUGAGAUAGCAAUGACAGCCGAUUGUCGCGAGCAAUUUCUACAAAUAAUUAUGCGCGAAGCUGAUCGUCGCUAUCAAUGCUUCUUAUAUCGCUUUAGACCACAAGACCCUCUCGUGCUAUAUCAAUUCAAUCGUGUCUGUUUUGGCCUCACUUCGAGUCCUUACCAUGCACUGCGCACGGUACGACAGCUCGUUGAAGAUGAUGGCGCGAAAUAUCCGCUAGCGAGUAGCAUUGUGCUACCGGCGCUAUACAUGGAUGACGUUGCUUUCUCGCUUCCUUGCGAGCGUGAAGCAGUCACUGCGUCACAACAGAUGAUUGACUUGUUCAAAGGCGCACAGUGGGAUUUAAUCAAGUGGAAUAGCAAUUCUCGUGAAGUUUUAAAUCAUAUUCCAGCUUCGCACAAACUUCCUACUGAAGUGGAGUUUGAUAAAACCGUGCACCAUAAGAUACUUGGUUUGCAUUGGUCUACCGAAAAUGACUCGUUUUAUUUCAAAAUUUCCGUACCCGACGAUGUGACAUGCACUAAGCGCUCCAUCUUGUCGACUGUUGCCCGUCUGUGGGACAUAAUGGGCUUCGUUGCUCCCACUGUCGUGUAUGCCAAAAUAUUAAUUAAAAUGCUUUGGCAAUUAAACCUUGAUUGGGACACUGUAGCUCCACCACACAUCAUUAAGAUGUGGAGACAGUUUUGCGAUGAACUACCAGCCCUGAACAAACUUCACAUACCACGUCAUGUGGGCGUGACCGAAGGCUGUGAAAUAACCCUUUUGGGACUGUCAGAUGCUAGCCUCGAAGCUUACGGUGCUGUAGUUUAUUUGCACGUGAGUUCACCUUCUGGCAACACUGUGCGUCUUGUUUGCGCGAAAAGUAAAGUUUCGCCGACAAAACCACAUUCGAUCGCGCGUCUCGAGCUACUAGGUGGCGUCUUAUUAUCGAAAUUGCUUCGUACUGUACAUGACAAUUAUGCUGAGCGCGUCCCAAUCAAAGCUACGUAUGCAUUUCUCGACUCAAAAGUCGCCUUGUAUUGGAUCAAGAGUUCUCCGCAUAGAUGGCAGACUUUCGUCGCGAAUCGCGUGGUUAAAAUAACAGAGAAAGUGCACCCCGCGAAAGACGGCAUAAUUCGCGUAGCGACCGUGAAAAUUUCUGGGAGAACUUAUCUCCGUCCGGUUGUUCGAUUAUGCCCUCUUCCAACGCAGUAAGCAUUAUAUAAAGCUUCAAGUUUAGAUAGUAAAUUAGCUUAUAAUUUUAUACCAUAUCCUAUAUAUAUUAAAUACUAACAUUCUUAAUGUAACUUAACUCGAUAUAAUAUUUCAUGUCCCCUUAGACUAAUUUAUACGCAAUGUGCGUUCCUCAUAGAGCCCUAUUCGCUCUACUUCUUGUUAAAGGUGACCCUUUAAAGGGGGGUGGAUGGUUGCGCCAGUUAAAAAUAAAUACAAAUUUAAUUAAAUUACGCGGUGCCUUCCUAAAUUCCACUUUCCAUACACCCUGAAAGCACUGAAGGACCAAAAGGCGAGAAGCCAGAGCUGCCUCAGUGGACAAAAUUAGAAAAAAAAGCUACAACGAUGGCGCCACUUACACACUUCGAAAAGCAAGGAAGCAAUGUGUCGUGCUCGUAACAUAAAAUAAUAAUUUAACGUAUUCCCGACUUUUUAUUUCUAUAUGAUUGUGCCAAAAUAUCAGUGAAGUGAUCCGCGACGUGCAU